AGAGAGCGCGUCGCCGGCCCGGGAACGUCGGGAGCCAGGGGCCGCCGGCUGUGGGGGCCGCUGCCACGUCUGCGGAGCCGCUGCUGCGGGGAGGCUCGUAGGCGCGGGAUGGCGGCCCAGCGGCCGUGAGGUGGGCGCCGGUGGAGGGGGGGGAACCCUGGCUGUGAGGCCGCGAUGGGGCUGGCGCUGCGGGCCGCUCUGCUGGUGUCAGCGCUGGGCUGGGCGGGCGCGGCGCUGAUCCCCGCGGCGGAGGUGAAGGUGGAGGUGCUGCAGAAGCCGUUCAUCUGCCACAGGAGGACCAAGUGGGGGGACAUGCUGCUGGUUCACUACGAGGGGUACCUGGAGAGGGACGGCUCCAUGUUUCACUCCACUCACAAGCAUAACAAUGGUCAACCUAUGUGGUUUACACUUGGCAUAAGGGAAGCUAUCAAAGGCUGGGACAAAGGUUUGAAAGACAUGUGUGUGGGGGAGAAGCGGAAGCUAACUAUUCCACCAGCCCUUGCUUAUGGAAAAGAAGGGAAAGGAAAAAUUCCACCUGAGAGCACACUGAUUUUCAACAUUGACCUUCUAGAAAUUAGGAAUGGACCAAGGUCUCAUGAAUCCUUCCAAGAGAUGGAUCUUAAUGAUGACUGGAAACUGUCCAAGCAAGAGGUGAAAAUUUACUUGAAGAAAGAAUUUGAAAAGCAUGGAGCAGUGGUAAAUGACACCCAGCACGAUGCUUUGGUUGAAGACAUCUUUGAUAAAGAAGAUGAAGACAGUGAUGGGUUUAUAUCUGCAAGGGAAUUUACAUACAAGCAUGAUGAGCUGUAGAAAAGGGUGGCAUAAUUUUUUUGAUGCAAAUGGCAAUGACUUAGACUGUCUGGUUCUCUUGUCAUCUUAAUUCUGUGUUUUGGAAUUGACAGCUGCUGUUGGCAAAGAAACACUCUUUGUUUAUAUAAAAGAGAAUUUCCGUUCAUUGUGUACAAAAUGUUUUAAACUAUUUUAAAGUAUGAAAAUGUACCUCCUUUUAUGCAGCAAAGACUUGCACAUCAGUGUUUUUUAAAUGUUUGUAUUAACUUAUUUUUCAGAAAUGAAACAAACCUUCGAGUUAACAAACGUUGUGAAAAUCAAAAUCCAGUUUAGUGCCUUUCUGUGAUUUGUUUGUGUGUUAAGAUCAUGUUCAGCAACUCCUUUAUGUAUAGCUUCUAGUCUGUGGCUUAAUUACUUGACCUUCCUUCUUGUGUGUCAUUGCUUGAAAAGCAGAGCGCUGACUUUGCUUUUUUCUUGGUGCAGAUUUUUCAAAAGAAGUGCUAGAAGGUAUCAGCAUCUCUUUAUACAGCUGAGAAACUGAUACAAAGCUGGAUGAGAAGAAUGGCUAUCCUGUGCUGACUUUGCUCUUCUAAAGGGAGAAUGUUACCAACUGUGCCAAUAAUUGUCUGCAUUUUUCUUUAAAUUAUGUGAACAAAGUAGGAGUUAAAUGUCAGACUUUCAGUGUUAUGUCAGCAACAUUCUAGGAAAUGUCUGUAACUUGGAAAAUAGCAAGUUAUGCUGCAGUGUGGAGGUGGUGUCCAUGACACACGCCUGAACACACACACGUUUUGAAACUCAGGACUGAAGUUUUUCCCAUUUGCAGAAGGGGAAGAGCACACUGACAGGAGAAUCAGUAUGGCCUGAAGAGCAAUUUGCAUUGGCUUGCCUGCUUUACAACUGCAUGAGUUGCAGAACUUGUUUCAUCAUUGCCCAUUUGCCAUAUUUGCACAAGUAGCACAAGUGAUGUGAAUUUUACACAAUAAAGUGACUUUUUAGAAAAAGAGAGGCAUGAGGUAAA